AUGGCCUCCAGGGAUCUGGUCAUAGGAGUGAUCUUCUUAACCCAGACCAUGGUUGGAAUCCUGGGGAACUUCUGUCUUCUUUACCAUUAUCUCCUCCUUUACUUCACUAGGUGCAGGUUGAGGCCCACAGAUUUGAUUGCUGAACACCUGACUGUAGCCAACUCCUUAUCCCUCCUCUGUAAAGGAGUCCCCCAGACAAGCGCUUUUGGGUGGAACAGUUUUCCAGGUGAUUUUGGAUGCAAACUUCUUUUCCAUCUUCACAGAGUGAGCAGGGGUGUGUCCCUAGGCGGCACCUGCCUCUUGAGUGUCUUCCAGGCCAUCACGAUCAGCCCCAGGGACUCAAGUUGGACAAAACUUAAAAGGGAAGCUCUCAAGCAUAUUGACUUCUCCAUAUUCCUGUGCUGGGUCCUCUACAUGCUGGCAAAUAUCCUUUUUCCUAUCCAUGUGAUUGGCAAAUGGAGCAACAAGAGCAUCUCGAUGAGAAAGGAUUUGGGAUACUGUUCUGUGAUAAGUAGUAACAAAAUCACACAAUUGGUACAAGCAGCACUGUUAUCAUUCCCUGAUGUUUUAUAUUUAGGACUCAUGAUCUGGGCCAGUAGCUCCAUGGUUUUCAUCCUGCACAGGCACAGGCAGCGGGUCCAACACAUUCACAGGCCUAACAAUGUCUCCCCCAGAUCCUCUGCUGAGUCCAGAGCCACCCAGAGCAUCCUUGUCCUGAUGAGCACCUUUGUGUCCUUCUACUCCCUUUCCUCCAUCUUCCAAGUCUGCAUUAUUCUCUUCGGUGAUCCCAGUUGGUUGCUGGUGAGCAUCUCUGCCUUGAUCAAUGGAUGUUUCCCAAGUGCCUGUCCCUUUAUUCUCAUGAACCGUAUCUCCAGUGUGUUCAGGUUCUACUUAGCCUGGAUGAGGAACACAACACCCACUAAACUCAUGACAAAUAUAGUCAUCCAGUCCUUACAGAUCCAGGGCCGAGUUCCUGCUCUCUUUCGCCAAGAACGGGAACGCGGGAGAGAAAUAACUCCAUUUCAAAACCCCUCCGAUGAAGCUACGUCAUCCUUGCACCCUUGCUGGGCAGCGCUCGCUUCUCAUUUCACCGUGUUAGAAGCAACAGAUCCGGCAGGGUCUUCAACAGCUGUGGGGGAGCUGGGCCAGGAGUAA